AUGCCCCGGAAAACGCGGCGUCGCAUCAAAGCCUUGGAUGACGAGUCCGAUGAGGCUAGUUUUUCUUCGCCAGAUACAAGCAUGGCUAACGAUGAUAGCGACGCGGUGGUUUCGCGGCCGACGCGGCGCGCUCGAAAACGACAAGCAUCAAAUAGUCCAGUCAAUCCUCGGCGGCGCGUCAAACAAAGUGCAAGUGAUGAAGACGAAGACGAAGACGAAGAUGAUAAUGAGGCUGAGAACGAGAAUGAGGAUGAGGAUGAAGACGAAGACGAAGACGAAAACGAAGACGAAAACCAAGAUGACGACGAAGAUGACAAUGAAGAAGAAGAGGAAAAUAAUGACAACAAUAGCAACGCAGAUGAAUCUAGGGAAACUAUAGAUCCAGAUGAAGAACCUCUAAAACCAUCAGGUACGCGCAAAAGUCCCCAACAAAAAAUACCAUCAACGCCCACAAAUUCACGUUCACCCACACACUCGUCUGUUGAUUCACUCUCACCAACAGCAGAAACUCCAGCUCCAGCUCCAGCCCCACAUCAAUUGAAAACAGUCACCAACUAUGAGCCCUCCCCUAAUGCCGACAUUUCUGUCGAUGUCUCGUUCUCGGUAAACCCAGAAGCAGGAUCCACACCCAACGCCCUGUCAACACCAAUUGGCCUAGCAGCAUCAGACAUUGUCAACUCAUCUACUCCAGAUACUCCGGUCCAGCCUUCCGAUAGAGAUCUUAUGCCACCACCACACCCCCGAAGCAUAUUAAACAUGACUGAGGCUACCGCUUUGCAGCCUGAUACCCCCUUGGAAAGACCAUCGUCACAACCACCAUCGUCCCAAGGAUCGCCGAAAAAAUCAUCAAGCAGUAAUUUGGGUCCACCACCCAGUACGCCAUCUUCACGUGAUGCAAACGUCCCCGAAACACCUCGCCAUCCAUCUCUUUCAAAUGAACUUCCAGAUUUUGUUCAUCGUGGAUCGGUAUCGCGUCGUGGGCAAAUGGCCUCCUUUAGACCACCUAAUUCUAAUAUCGCAAACUUAGUCCCCAUUUCACCUUCGAAAACAAGAUUACGCGCCCUUGAAGCUGAGAAAAAAGCAUCCAUGCUUAACUUAGCCAAAGUUCCACGAUUGGUUAUUUCCAAGCUCGUUUUAACCAAUUUUAAGUCUUAUGCAGGUGUACAAGUGAUUGGGCCUUUUGAUAAUUCUUUUUCUGCUGUUGUGGGACCAAACGGGUCAGGAAAAUCAAAUGUCAUUGACUCGCUGCUGUUUGUUUUUGGUUUCCGUGCAUCUAAACUGCGGCAAGGAAAAGUUUCAGGUCUUAUCCAUAAUUCACAAGCACGACCCAAUCUCGAUUCGUGUAAGGUUGAAAUUCAUUUUAAAGAAGUUAUUGAAAAUGAUGAUGGCGGUUCUAUAGACGCUCCAAAUUCAACUUUAGUUGUGGCUCGUGCUGCUCAUAAAAACAACAAAUCUGAGUAUUUCAUCAACGGACGAGUUAGCACAUAUACCGAAGUAACCACUUUAAUGCGACAGCGUGGGAUAGAUCUUGACCACAAACGGUUUUUGAUUCUUCAAGGUGAAGUUGAAAGCAUUGCACAGAUGAAACCCAAAGCUGAAAACGAAAACGAUGACGGUUUAUUGGAAUACCUCGAAGAUAUCAUCGGCACAUCGGACCAUAAAAAGGCCAUUGAAGAAGCUGAAAGUGAUCUUGCUUUGCUUACCGAAGAAUGUGAUGCUAAAACCGGUCGCUUUGAAAUUGUUAAGAAAGACAUUGAAAAGCUUCAAGACAAGAAAAAUGAGGUUGUGCGCAAUAUGCGCUUGGAAAAUGAGCUUACCAUGAAGCGUUCACUUUUUUACCAAGUCAAUAUCCGUCGUUUGGAAUCUUCCAUUAGUUCACAUUCUGAAGAUAUUGAAAAAAGCAAAGCGCAGCUUGAAAAAGAUCGUGAGGAAAGUCGUGAAAUUCGCGAAGAAAUUGUACAUCUUGAAGAGCAAGUCAAGGUAGAUGGCGAGUCUCUUGCAGAACUUCGCAAAAAACAUCAGAGACUUUCCAAGAAUCUUUCAAAACACGAAAUUCAAAAAGUUCAAGUCGAGGAAAAAGCAAAGCAUUUAACAGCAAAACAAAAGAAGCUUGAAAAACAAAUCACUUCGUCUCAGCGGUCCUUUAACGAGGUUGACUCAUGGAUUAAAAACUACGAUGAACAAGCAGAAGAAUUUAAAACACGCUCCCAUCAGCUUGAGAAGGAUCUCGAAAGCAAGCAGGAAGAAUAUAAUGAGGUUCAAGAAAGUCUCAAGGGCAAGACCGAAAAUAUAACCAAAGAAAUUUCAAAACUGCAUCAAGAGUUGGCACCUUGGCGUGAGAAGAUUGCGGCCAAAGAAGCUGAGAUUGCGAUUGCACAAAGUGAAAUUGAUAUCAUCAAUGAAAAACAUGAGAAUGCGAAAAAAUCGUUAAAGCGUUCUAAGCAACAUGUUGCCACUAUUGUCAAGGAGGGAGAGCACAAGGAACAGCGCCUGGCAGAACUCGAGCAAAGCUUGGUUCACGUUACAAAACAAAUUUCCACUGGCACUGGUGAAGUUGAAGAAGCUGCCGUGAAAAUUAAAAAAAUGAAAGAAGAGCUGGACGAGUUUCGCACACGAUACCAUGUGGCCAAAGAGUCUGUCAGUUCCGCCAAAUCUCAAGGCGCCGUGCUUACUAGUCUGACUAACCUGAGUGCUUCUGGUCGUAUUGAAGGAUUCAAUGGUCGUCUCGGUUCUCUCGGCACCAUUGACCAAAAGUAUGAUGUUGCUAUUUCCACAGCAUGCCCUGCUCUCGACAACCUUGUUGUUGAUACUGUUGAUGUUGGUGAAGAGUGUGUCAAGUACUUACGCAAAAAUAACAUUGGCCGUGCCAAGUUUAUUCUUCUUGACAAACUUCCUAAGCGCAACCUUCAACCCAUCCACACCCCUGAAGAUGUUCCGCGUCUUUUCGAUCUCAUCACCCCCAAAGAACCUCGGUUUGCGCCGGCAUUUUACAGCGUUAUUUUUGAUACCCUGGUGGCCAAAGACGUUGAACAAGCGCGGCGCAUUGCCUACGGUGCCAAGCGAUUCCGUGUUGUGACACUAGACGGUGUUGUCAUUGACACUUCCGGUACCAUGUCUGGUGGCGGCCGGCCGUCCCAGGGUCGCAUGAAAUCGCAGCUGGAGGCGAUUGUAACACCACAGGAAAUGGAACAACUUGAGGAAGAACAUUCUGAGCGUGAGGCAAAGUACGCUCGCGCGGAAAAUGCAUUCCAAAAAAUUAGCGAUGCGCUAAGAGAUUACAAUAGACAAAAACCUCAGAUCGAACUUGAAAUUUCAAAAGCGAAACUGGAUAUCGAGUCUCUCAAAGGUGUUUUUGAAGAAGCAGAGCGUGAAUACACUGAAAUGAAAAACAACAUCAUUGGAACCAUUCCGUCAUCUGAAGACUUAGAACAGGCUCGAGAAAAGAAAUGUAACCUUGAGAAAGAGCUUGCUAAGAUUCACGAAAACUCUGCUGAUCUUGAAAAGCGGAUAGCCGAUCUCGGAGAGAAAAUCAUGGAAAUUGGUGGUGUCAAGUUGCGGUUUUUAAAGUCCCAAAUCGAUGACAUUAAAAACGAAAUGGAGAUGAUUUCUUCGCGUACCUCCUCGCAGGUCCUAGAGCGUACCAAAAAGGAAAACGAGCGUAAAAAACACACACGCGCCAUGGAUUCUGCGCGCAAAGAAAUUGAAGCUUCUCGCAAUGAAGUUCUUGCUAGCGAAGAGGAGCUUGAAAAACACCGCACUGAAGUUGCACAACUUGAGCAAGAAGUUGAAGAAGCCCGCGUAGCUAUUCUUGAAAAAGAAGAUGCGCUAACUGAGCUCAAAAAGACUACCAAGGAGAAGCGUGAGCUUGUGGACAAGACACUUUCUGCAGAAAUUGAGCUUGUCAACACUAUUGAACAUCUGCAAAAGGCUUUUCGCGGGUUUAGGCUCUCGCUUAAACGCAACACUGAGGAAUUUGGCAAACUUACUCUUCACGCUAUCCACCAAAUUCCUCAAGUCAAUACUCGCGAAGACAGUGAAGAUGAUGCCGAGGACGAAGAACAGAAAGAAGAGGACUACCUUGAAAUUGUUGAAUAUUCUCCUGAAGAGCUUAGUGAUGUUAAUCCCUUGGAUGUCGAACGUGAAGUUAAAACUCUUGAAUCUAAGCUUGAAGAUGUGGUGAUUGACAUAAGCGUUAUUCAAGACUACAUUCGCCGUGCCAAGGAAUAUAACACUCGCCGUGCGGAACUCACUGAGGUCACUACUCAACGCGAAGCUAAAAAAAGACGAUGCGAAAGCCUUCAAAAGCAACGCUUAGAUGAAUUCCUUGAGGGGUUUAAUCUCAUUUCUCUCAAGCUUAAGGAAAUGUAUCAAAUGAUUACUAUGGGUGGUAACGCCGAACUUGAACUUGUGGACUCGCUUGACCCGUUUUCUGAGGGCAUUCUUUUUAGUGUCAUGCCUCCCAAAAAAAGUUGGAAAAAUAUUUCAAACUUAUCUGGUGGUGAAAAAACUUUAAGUUCUCUUGCUCUUGUGUUUGCACUUCAUCACUACAAGCCUACUCCACUUUAUGUCAUGGACGAGAUUGAUGCUGCUUUGGAUUUCCGAAACGUAUCAAUUGUGGCCAACUACAUUCGUGAACGUACCAAAAAUGGUCAAUUCAUUGUUAUCUCGCUCCGCAACAAUAUGUUUGAGCUAGCCAGUCAGCUUGUUGGUAUUUAUAAGGUUAACAACAUGACCAAAAGCGUGGCUAUCAAGAAUAAAGAACAACUUUCUGAACGUAGUUUACUUCAAAUGCAGCAGCAACAUCGCCGAUCAGCUACUAUAUCAGCAUCGCAGCCAUCGCAGGUGCCGUUUGAUCGGCGCUCCACUGUCGGAUCCAUGUACGGGUCAAGUUUUUCGCGACCUUCAGGUCAAACCUUGCGACAGGCGUCAGUAGGAGCAACAACUGCAUCUUCGAGCAGACAAUCGUCAGUGGCGCCUGGUGAAGGACUUAACAGAAAAGGGUCUGUCGGGCCAAAUGAAGCAAUGGCAGUUACUGCGACAAAACAGGGAUCGCAUGUUAGUCCGAUGACCGUACUACCAGAUGAAGCUAAGCAGGAAAAAGAAAAAGGCGAAACUGAUGAGGAUGAAAAGACGGCAGAGCCUGAAAAGAUUAAAGAAAGAAGCAAAAUGGGAGGGAAAAAAGAGGAGGAGGAAGAAAGCAGCACAAGUGGAAGCGAACAAGAUUCAAGUGAGGAUGAAGAGGAAAAACAAGAUGAAAGCGACAAAGAGAAUACUAAAGCCUCGAAAGAGUCUAGUAAAAAGAAAGUUGAUAAAUUAUCAGAUUCAAGUGAAGCGGAAGAGGAAGAGGAAGAAGAAGGUAAUACAGAUAAAAAUAUUGCUCUAGCACCCAGAAAGAUUGCUAAGAAUAAAGUUGAGGAGUCUUCAGACUCGAGCGAUGAAGAAGAUGAGGAUACUAACGACAAAAAGGAUAUCAAGCGACCCAAGAUACCACCAAAAAAGGCACUACUCAAAAAGGAAUCAUCUAAUGAACCUUCUGAUUCCAAUGACGAUGAUGAUGACGAUGACGAUAGCAUUGAGUUUGUAAGCAGCAUCAAGCAUGAAAGUCCCAAAAAGGUUAAUGAUGUUGUGUCUAUCGACUCCAGUGACGAAGAAGAGUCUCCUAAAUUGACACGAUCUUUACGAAAAAGACCCCAGCGCCGUGAAAGUGCACCUACAGGGGGAAAAAACAAGAAAAUUAAGAAGGAAGAAUCCAGUAGUGAUGAAAGUGAUGAUGGUGAUGAUGGUGAUGAUAGUGAUGACGCUGAUAAUAAUUCGAAUGAUGAUUCGGAUGAUGAUUCGGAUGACAAUUCUGAUGACAAUUCUGAUGAUGAUUAA